AUGGCCGACCCCUUCGAAGUUCGAAUGCGGUUUACGAACCUGCUCACGCACCUGUCAGCCUCGGCGACAGCAUCGAUCAAAACGGCACACUUCGCGCUCAAACACCGCGACAUGGACGAGGAUCUGCACAGCUGCAUCCUAGAGAAUCUGGAGCGUGGCAACAACAUGAACAACCGAGCCAACAUUAUGUACUUUCUCGAGCACCACGCCGACGUCAAUACCCGUGAUGGCGGCCACGAGCCCUAUGUCGACAUGGUCCGCAGGGAUAUUGUGAGGAUCGUCAAUGCUGUGGCUCAGAGUGGUGCGAAUGUCAAGGUCGUUAGGAGGGUUGUCACUGGGCUGGGUGAGAAAGGUGUGUUGAAGGCCGAGGUCAUCAUGGUCAUUGAGAAUGGCCUCAAGGAGAAGGAAGAGAAGCUGGGCCGUCUACUAGGUGAUGGUGAGGAGGAUGAACAAGAGGAUUCUGCUCCUGGUGCUGCCCCUGCUGCCCCUGGUAGUGGCAGUGGCGGCGGCGGUGCGACUACUGUAAAAGGUCAGGGAGAUGGCGACGCCAUGGACACUUCCGCUACAGGUGCCGGCGAUGGCAUUGGCGGAGGUGGUGCAGGUGACAGUGCACGACCGACACCUCGAACCGGCGCGGGUCAGGCUGGAAAGGUGAAUGGAGUGACCAAGGUUGACAAGAGGGCGAUCGAGCAGAGAAUUGAGGAAGAUCGGGAACGGAACAAGAGACUGCGAGAGAGUGUUUGGGCAGUCUCUGGCGACGAUGAGCAGGAGCUGGACAAGAUGUGGGAAGAGAGCACUCCCGUUGGCCGAGACGAGCACGUCAUUGCAGAUGAGGAGGCCGACGAGAGAAGGCAGUUUGUGCGAUAUCGUCAAGCCUUGCUGGGUCGAUGA